AUGUCAGCAUCAGACCUGAGGAAUCUUUCCGUUGGACUAUUAGCCCUGUCCCACGGGAUCGGAGUGGGAUUGAUGGGAUUCGGAGUGUUUUUCCUGCUGUUCGGAAUUCUCUUGUACUUUGACCGAGUUCUCCUUGCCUUCGGAAACAUUCUCUUCAUCUCCGGCCUUCCCUUCAUCAUUGGGCUGCGGAACACCUUCCAGUUCGUCCGCCAGAGGCAGAAGCUGAGAGGUUCCAGUUUCUUCCUGGGUGGGAUCGUCCUUGUCCUUCUCCGCUGGCCUGCGAUCGGCAUGCUCUGUGAAAGCUACGGACUCUACCUGCUCCUCAGGAGCAGUCUGCCGCUCGUGUCAGAGUUCAUCGCCAACAUCCCAGUUCUCGGAUUGAUCUUCAAGUUGCCCGUAUUGAGCACGAUGUCGAGGAGAUUUAGCGAAGGAACGUCCAAGGUGUGAAGGAAACCUGAUGCCAAAUCAGCAACC